AUGCUAUGGUCGCUGCCGAUUGCGCUCAUGACGGCGGAGCUUGGCGCCAUGAUUCCCGACAUGGGCGGCCCGGUCGUGUGGGUCGAUCGCGCCUUUGGCCCGUUUGUGGCGCACUGCAAUGCCUACACCCACCUUGUGGCCAACUUUUUCGACAACGCGCUCUACCCGGUCAUGUUUGCCGACUACCUGCGCGAGUUCCAUCCGGCGUUAUGCUUCGACGGGUUGCCGCGCUACCUGCUCUCCGCGUCGAUGCUCGUGUGCGUGACGCUCCUCAACCUGGCCGGCGUCGCCAACGUCGCCAACGUCUCGACCCUCUUCACGGUGCUGGUCGUCUCGCCGUUUUUCGCGCUGGUCAUCUGUGGCCUGCCGACGCUCGACCCGUCCGCGUGGCUCAUUGGCGGCGCGUCCGAUGCCGCGAACGACGACGCUGCACACGCUGCCGUUUCUGGCGGCGGCGGCGGCGUGCGCUGGGGCACCUACCUCGCGUUGCUGCUAUGGAAUACGUCCGGCUAUGACUCGGUGGGCGCGCUCGCCUCCGAGGUCGAGAACCCCGGCCGCGACUACCCGCGCGCGAUGGUGGGCAGCAUCGUCCUGAUCAGCCUCGUCUACCUACUGCCCGUUAGCGUGGGCGUCUCGCUCGAUGCCGCCGCCAAUUUGCCUACGUGGACGGACGGCACGCUCGCCCGCGUCGCGAGCGACUACGUCGGCGAGUGGCUCGCCAAGUGGAUCUCCCUCGGCGGCGCCCUCUCCUCCUUCGGGCAGCUCAACGCCCUCCUGUGCGCGGCGGCCCGCAUCGUCGUCUCCGCGGCGGAGAUUGGCGUGCUGCCGCCGCUCCUGGCCAAGGUGCACCCCGUGAGCGGCGUGCCGGUGGCGGCGACGCUCGCGCUCUCCUUUGGCCUCUUCCUCGUGCUGUCGCUGCCCUUUUCGGAGCUCGUCGAGUUCUCGAUGCUCUUCUACGGCUUCACCGCAGGCCUCGAGUUCCUCGCCCUCAUCAAGUUGCGCACGCUCGAGCUGGCCACGCCGCGGCCGUACCGCGUGCCCCUCGGCGACAGCUGGCCCCUUGCCGCCUUCUGCCUGCCGCCGCUGGGGCUCUGCGCCCUCCUCUUCGCCCUCGCCGAGCGCCUCUCGCUCUACAUCUUCCUCGCGACCGUG